AUGCCCCACACAGGCUGUGGCAACAGCGCCCUGAGCCACGACCUGCACGAGCUGGGCUACACCGACGUCACCAGCAUUGACUUCUCCCCCGCCUGCAUCGCCGCCAUGCGCGCCCGCUGUGCCCGCUGCUGCCCCGGCCUGCGCUGGGCCGUCAUGGACAUCCGCGCCCUCGCCUUCCCAGAUGCCUCCUUCGACGUGGUGCUGGAGAAGGGCACUCUCGACGUGCUCAUGGUGGAGGAAACCGACCCCUGGAAUGUCUCGCCCCAGGCAGCUGCCUCGAUGCGCCGGGUGCUGGCGGAGGUGAGCCGGGUGCUGCGCCCAGGGGGCUGUUUCCUCUCCAUCACCUUCGCCCAGCCCCACUUCCGCAAGCCCCACUAUGCCCAGGAGGCCUUUGGCUGGUCCCUGCGGCACACUGCCUGCGGGGACGGGGACGCCGGCGCCUUCCACUACUUCCUCUACAUCAUGCGCAAGGGGCAGCCUCUGGACCCCCGUGACGUGGCCUUGGGGCGCCGGCUGCACCAGCCCCUCCCGCCCCCUGUCCCGCCGCUGCCCCCCGCCCCCCCGGACGACGACGAGGACUACCUCCUUGCCAUCCAGCUGUGACCCAGGGGGGCUUCUCUGACCUCUCCCCACCCAACAAAGCCUUAAGCUGCUCCAUCUUCACAGGCAGGGGAUGGGGAAGCAGUGUAUCACCCCCCAAAAGCUGCCCAGUGAGUGAGUAAUGGGGGGAUACUUGGCCUCCUCCCGAGGGGCAACGGGAUGCUCUGGUGAUGCUGUACUCCCUCCCUGGCCUUUCCUUGCCUGGCUGGAGAGCAGCCAGGACUCCGGGCUUUGCGGCCGGUAAUGAAACCAAAUCGGGUUUAAUUCCACCCAUCCAUCUUGUGGGGAGUGGCUCCCUGCCCCCCCGUCUCUUCCCCUUGGCACAGGCAGCUGGGCUAAGGGCAGAAUGAGGAUGCUGGCACUGGGUGCAGGGGACAGGAUGGGGGGUGCCCACUGAUCCACCCCCCCACCCCAUCGUGCACCAGGACCCCUGCCCCAGCCUCCUCGGCUAUGGGGGGAUGCAAGGACACCGUGUCCUUGUCACCCCCAGCCAGGUGGUGGGGGGUCCAGGCUGGGAUGUGCCAGCAUGGGGCAGGGAGCACCACGGGGCAGGCAGGGUGGCACAUCUGCCCCUGUACCCCUCCAUCCCCACUCUUUGGCUAUGGUGACAACCCCGGUGUGCUGCACACGCCUGGCCCACAUCUGCCAGUGC